AUGUCCUUACCGUUAAAUAAAGACACACUCUCUAAAUUCAGAGCAAUUAAAACUUUUAGACUGUCAGAAAAGGAAGUUGCUCCAGUGACUUCAUUGAAUUUUGAUGAUCAUGGUAAAUAUCUGUUGACUGCUUCCGCAAAUGAUAAUAUGCACAUAUAUGAUGCAAUAUCGUGCAAGUUUCUGAAUACGAUAGGUUCCAAGAAAUAUGGAUGUCAUUCUGCAAAGUUCACUCACGCUCAAAAUGAAUGUAUCUAUUCCUCAACCAUGAAAUCUUUCGAUAUCAGACAUUUAAACCUUGAAACGAACCAAUAUUUGAGAUAUUUUGCAGGACACGGUGCUUUAGUACACGACUUACAAAUGUCUCCUUUGAACGAUACUUUUCUUUCUGCUUCAUACGACGAAUCAGUAAGACUUUGGGACCUUAGGUCUUCGAAAGCCCAAGCAAUUGUGCCAACUGUGGUACCUAACUGCAUUGCGUACGAUCCAUCAGGUUUAGUGUUUGCUUUAGGAAAUCCAGAAUCUAUGGAAAUUGGAUUAUACAAUUUGAAACAAUUAAAUAAAGGACCGUUUAAAGUAAUUAAGGUAAAUGCUAACGAUCACUUCAUUUGGAACAAGUUAGAAUUCUCUAAUAACGGUAAAUAUCUGCUGGCAGGCUCAGCAAUGGGCAAACAUCUUAUAUUUGACUCAUUUUCUGGUGAUCAACUUUUCGAAUUAAACGGUACAAGAGCAUUUCCACCAAGAGAGUUCAUUGACACUGGUUCAGUUUGUUUCACUCCUGAUGGAAAUUACACUGUUGGUACAGAUUAUGAUGGAAAAAUAGCAUUUUGGAACCACAGUGAUGUUAUAAGUAAUAAAACGCUGAAGCCAUGUGGUUCCAUAGUCGCUGCACCUGAGUCAUGUCCGAGGACAAUUGCAUUUAAUCCAAAAUAUUCCAUGUUUGUAACUGCCGAUGAAAAUGUCGAUUUCUACGUUUAUGAGCAUGACGUAUGA